AUGGUGUCGGAGAAGGAUGUAGCAGGUAUCCGCAGGUUUGUGUGUGGUCAACUCCGUGACGAGGCAGACCUGAGCACGCUGAUCUUGGGAAUUUUAAAAAAGAGAUAUCAGGCACACAACAAAUGUGACUCAUUAAGUCCAGAAGUAAAAACUUUCAUGGAACAGGUGGUGCAAGAGGAACUGAUGAAAAUGCAGGAUAAUGAUGAAAGUGAAAGUGACUCAGAGACUAAGAAGCUCCAGAACAAAAGGAAAAGAGAAAAUGGAAAUGACGAGGUCAUGAGUGAGAGUGAAGAUGAAUCCAGGGCAAAGAAAUCACAAAAUAAUCAUUCAAGCUCAUCAUCAGAAUCUGAGGAACUCAGUGAGGAAAGCAACUGCAGUGACAGUCCAAAGAAAAUGGUGAGAAUGAACGUCGAGACAGUAACCAGCAGUAAAGAUGAAGGAAGGAGAACACCACUGAGUGAUGCAGGAAAUGAAUCAGAUGGAGACUGCAAGUCAGAAACGAGUGACAAAAUUAAGAGUGACGAGUCUUCUGACAGUGAAAAAGAAGAUACAAAAGUGGAAAAGAAAACCAGUGACCCAGACUCGGAUUCAUCACUACCUUCUUUGGAAGAUGAAAAAGAAAAUAAGACUGAUAAAUCAAAGGAUAAAAAGAAGAUGAAGAAGAGUGUGAAGAAAGAUGAGAGCACCAGAAAACCAAAGUCUGAUGACAAAUCGGUGGCAAGGCUUAAACGUUACAUUGCCCUCUGCGGCGUGAGGAGAAAUUACAAGAAACUGCUGGAGGACUGCCGCUCCAUCCGCUCCCAGGUGGCUGUUCUGAAGAAGGAGCUUGAAGAGCUUGGUGUACAUGGUCAGCCAACUAUUCAGAAAUGUAAAAAGGUCAGAAUGAAGAGAGAGCAAGCUCAUGAACUGGCUGCUCUUGAUGUCAACAACAUGAUUACCACACAAGGUCGACCUACACGCAGGGGUGCCUCAGCAAGUCAGAAACAGCAGGACUGUCUGUCCUCUGGAUAUCAGCGCACUCUAAACUCAGGAUCAGACAGUGAUCGGGAAAACAAUACCCACAGAGGUCGCAGGAAAAUGUCCGAAUGGGCCAACCUGCAGGGGAUCAUCAGUGAUGACGCAGACAGUGACUGA